UCUCGAUCUCGAUCUCGAUCGCUUCUCCGGAAGAAAGAAGAGCGAAACAUCCAACUGUAGGAGGAGCGAUCGAUGGAGGCAGGGGCGAGUUCCAGUCGGCGGCAGCGGCAGAGGCCUCACGGAGCCUUCAAGGAGGAGCUAUCGAUGGAGGCAGGGGCGGGUUCCAGGCUGCGGCAGUGGCGGGGGCCUUACGGAGCCUUCAAGGAAGUGGCUGAGCCACUGUUCAGUGUGGGAGCACAGGUCGAGGUCAGCCGGGAAAGCAAGAACUAUGGAGCUGCUUGGCUUGCAGCUACUAUUGUUAGUAUGAUCAGCAAGUCCAUAUUUUUGGUGGAUUGCAAGACCCCGAGAGCUGUCACUGACAGAGAGUUGUCGACGGAGAUUGUUGAUGCUCAACACAUUAGGCCUCCACCUCCCCUUGCAUUAGACGAUGAGGAUUUCAGGUUACAUGAUGUUGUUGAGGUGCUUUACCAUGGCGGGUGGUCGCUAGGAGUUGUUACUCAGAUUUCUAAUGGGUCAAAGUACAUUGUCAAGUUGAAGCAUCAUGAAGAGGAGAUGGAGUUUAAUUGUUUUGAAAUGAGAUCCUGCCAGGUAUGGGAGGAUGGGCAGUGGAUCAGCUAUUCCUCCCAGAGCAUGAAACAAUAUUCACAGGAGGAGUUAAAGACAAGGAAGAGAGGCAGGCCUGCAAAGAAAAGCAUAGAAUCGGAACAAGCAGAAGAUUUGCCUGAGCAAGUUGCUGAAGAAGAACAUGGGAAGAAAGAAAUUGAGCAAUCAAAUCAAGGUCAGUCUUGUGAUGCAUCUUUUGAAACUCGAGCACAUAGUCAUCAUGAUGAAGCAACAGGGUACAAGGACCCCCCACUACUUGCGAAUAUGCAGGAGCAAUUCAUGCAUAAAAACCGCUUACAAGAAUAUGCUCAAAGGUCAUCCAUACCUUUGCCAAUAUAUCAAACUGUUAAUGAAGGGCAUCCAUAUGCAUCACAAUUUAGAUCUACUGUUCUGAUAGAUGGAGUGACAUUCAUGUCAUCUCGGACAUUUCCUCGUCGAAAAGAAGCAGAGCAAGACGUGGCAAAACUUGCUCUUGAAGGCAUAUCUAGGAAGAUAAAGGAUGAAGGAAUUCCCCUAAUUCAUGCAUGUGUGUAUGUCCAUACUCCAAAAAUUAAUGCCACUGGUCUUGCAAUUUGA